GCGGCUAAGCCCCGCCCCUUUCCUGCAGUCUGAGCGCGCCCGCGGGAGUAAUGCUGCUGAGGCUCACAUUAAACCUGCAAGAAUGAGCGAUAAACCCCGCGAGCCGAGCGGCGAGCAGAUCAUCAACCGCUGGAGCUUCGAUUUCUACGUGUUCCAGGCCUUCAGCGCGUUCAGGAAUGGAGAUUAUACCGCCUUCACACACUUCAUCAACAUCAUCGAGAGUGUGGUGGUCAGACCAGUGGACGGACACCCGGACAUGAUCCUGAAGCUGCGCCUCAUGCAGUUUCUGUCCAGGAUCAACAACGGGGACAAGCUGGAUCUGACCUUUGAGGAGCCCAAGACCCCUCUGGAGUCGGCUCUGGACGUGCUGGAGAACAUCUGCAGAGACAUGAGCGUCCCGCACACAGAGCAGCAGCUCAUACGCCACGCCAUCAGCGAGAUGUUGGUGAUGGUGUGUAUCAGGAGCGGUGAGUUCGAGAAGGCUGAGGAGAUGCUCAAACACUUCAGCUCCUCCUCAGACUCUGCUGGGAAGAAGAAGCUGCUGCUGAACCUGAUCCGCUGCCGGCGCUCCUCUCACUCAGUGCUGCAGCUCAGCUCCUACAGCCACUUUAAGCAGGACAUGCUGCAGUUUGUGGAGCGGCUCUUCAGCGUCCCCGAGCCCUUCCUGCUGCAGAUGCUGAGGCGCUCUGGAUGGUCCAGCAAGAGUCCGGAGGUCAGGAGAUCCACUCUGAACAACCAGAGAUCCACAGUGAAGACCAGCAAACACACACCUCAGCACAGCAGUGCAGCAGAGGAUCAUGGAGCGGAGUGUGUGUCUGCAGUGAGUCUGCAGGGUCUGCAGCAGGUGUUUGGUCUGCUGAGUGAGCAGUACGGCGUCAGCAUCACCUUCCUCCAGCUGCAGGACUGCGUAGAGACAGAGGCGCAGCAGCAGGAGGAUGGAGGAGCGUCGGGCCCCGAGCUGUGCCUGACGCUGAGCGAGACCCCCAUGCAGACAGCGGCCCUCAGCGACACAGAGGAGCAGGAGGAGCAGAGCAGAUACGCUGGCAUGACCAUCUCACGCCUCGUGCAGGAGGAGGACAGCCAGAUCAGCGCUGAACACACACACAUAGAGGAGGAGGAGGAGGAGGAGGAGGAGCAGACACACACACACCGCAGCGGAGACUGGGUGGUUGUUCUGAGUGAUCUGGAGUCAGAUGAUCUUGAUGUUCAGACGCGUCCCGUCAGCUCUCCGUCUCUCAGACACACACCUACAACCAGGCAGAACCAGCACAGCAGUGGAUCAGAGCCGCAGUGUUCCUCCACUCAGCGCUCUACUCCUGCACGUCUCUGCAAACGCUCAAACACUCGUGUGCACAGGGUCUCCGAGUCUCAGAGUUCAGCAGCUCAUCGCUCGACUCCAGCAAGUCCUCCACACCCCAGCGGCUCUCGCUCCAGCACACGCAAGAAAACACCGAGCCGGCGCAGGAUUAUUGAGUCCAGCGACUCUGAAGAUGAAGAGGAGCAGACCACUCCUGCAGCCGCCACACACACACCUAGAGGACAGCGGCAGCACAGGUGUGUCCGUGUGUCCAGCGGGUCUGAGCCAGAGGCGGACAGCACAUCUCCUGCAGCACACACACGCCGCUCCACACCCACCAGCACCCCCGGCAGACGCACACACACCACUAAGAGGUCCAGAUGGCUGGAUGCGUCGGGGACCCAGGAGAACUGGAGUGAUGAGGACUCUCUGUUCCACACUUCUUCAGCUACAGCGAACAAGAACACCAGGAAGAAGAUGUGGUCCGUGCAGGAGUCGGAGUGGCUGAAGCAGGGUGUGCUCCGCUAUGGUGCGGGACACUGGGAGAGGAUCCGCUCCUCCUUCCCCUUCUCUGGACGCACCGCUGUGAACCUGAAGGACCGCUGGAGGACCAUGGUCAAGCUCAAGAUGGUCUGAUGUGUGUGUGUGUGUGUGUGUGUGCGCGUGUGUGUGUGUUUCAGCACAAUCAUGAGGUUUUACACUGAUGUUUUAUCACAGUUCUGUUCAUAUUAAAUGUUUCUGAUGUUUGUGCAGCUGC